AUGAAUCACAGUAGUAUCCAGCCUUGUUCUUAUGGCACAACACCACGUGUAUUAAAUCACAGUAGUAUUCAGCCUUGUUCUUAUGGCACACCACCACGUGUACUGAAUCACAGUAGUAUUCAGCCUUGUUCUUAUGGCACAACACCACGUGUAUUGAAUCACAGUAGUAUUCAGCCUUGUUCUUAUGGCACAACACCACGUGUACUGAAUCACAGUAGUAUUCAGCCUUGUUCUUAUGGCACACCACGUGUAUUGAAUCACAGUAGUAUUCAGCCUUGUUCUUAUGGCACAACACCACGUGUAUUGAGUCAUAGUAUUCAGCCUUGUUCUUAUGGCACAACACCACAUGUAUUGAAUGACAGUAGUAUUCAGCCUUGUUCUUAUGGCACACCACGUGUAUUGAAUCACAGUAGUAUUAAGCCUUGUUCCUAUGGCACAACACCAAGUGUAUUGAAUCACAGUAGUAUUCAGCCAUAUUCUUAUGGCACAUCAUGUGUAUUGAAUCGCAGUAGUAAUCAGCCUUGUUCUUAUGGCACAACACCACUUGCAUUGAAUCACACACCACAUGCACUGAAUCACAGUAGUAUUCAACCUUGUUCUUAUGGCACAGCACCACAUGUGCUGAAUCACAGUAGUAUUCAGCCUUGUUCUUAUGGCACAACACCACGUGUAUUGAAUCACAGUAGUAUUCAGCAUUGUUCUUAUGGCACAACACCAUGUGUAAUGAAUCACAGUAGUAUUCAGCCUUGUCCUUAUGGCACAACACUAUGUGUAUUUAAUAACACUAGUAUUCAGCCUUGUUCUUAUGACACAACACCACGUGUAUUGAAUCACAGCGGUAUUCAGCCUUGUUCUUAUGGCACAACACGUAUAUUGAAUCACAGUAGGAUUCAGCCUUGUUCUUAUGGCACAACACCACGUGCAUUGAAUCACAGUAGUAUUCAGCCUUGUUCUUAUGGCACAACACGUGUAUUUAAUCACAGUAGUAUUCAGCCUUGUUCUUAUGGCACAACACCAUGUGUAAUGAAUCACAGUAGUAUUCAGCCUUGUUCUUAUGGCACAACACCACAUGUAUUGAAUCACAGUAGUAUUCAGCCUUGUUCUUAUGGCACACCAUGUGUAUUGAAUCACAGUAGUAUUCAGCCUUGUUCUUAUGGCACAACACCACUUGUACUGAAACACAGUGGUAUUCAGCCUUGUUUUUAUGGCACAACAUGUGUGCUGAAUCACAGAAGUAUUCAGCCUUGUUCUUAUGGCACAACACCUCAUGUAUUGAAUCAAAGUAGUAUUCAGCCUUGUUCUUAUGGCACACCACCACGUGUAUUGAAUCACAGUAGUAUCCAGCCUUGUUCUUAUGGCACAACACCACGUGUAUUGAGUCAUAGUAUUCAGCCUUGUUCUUAUGGCACAACACCAUGUGUAAUGAAUCAUAGCCUUGUUCUUAUGGCACAACACCAUGUUAGUAUUCAGCCUUGUUCUUAUGGCACAACACCAUGUGUACUGAAUCACAGUAGUAUUCAUCCUUGUUCUUAUGGCACAACACCACGUGUAUUGAAUCACAGUAGUAUUCAGCCUUGUUCUUCUGGCACAACACCACGUGUAUUGAAUAACAGUAGUAUUCAGCUUUGUUCUUAUGGCACAACACCACAUGUAUUGACUCACAGUAGUAUUCAGCCUAGUUCUUAUGGCACACCAUGUGUAUUGAAUCACAGUAGUAUUCAGCCUAGUUCUUAUGGCACAACACCACUUGUACUGAAUCACAGUAGUACUCAGCCUUGUUCUUAUGGCACAACACCACGUGUACUGAAUCACAGUAGUAUUCAGCCUUGUUCUUAUGGCACAACACCACGUGUAUUGAAUCACAGUAGUAUUCAGCCUUGUUCUUCUGGCACAACACCACGUGUACUGAAUCACAGUAGUACUCAGCCUUGUUCUUAUGGCACAACACCACGUGUACUGAAUCACAGUAGUAUUCAGCCUUGUUCUUAUGGCACAACACCACGUGUAUUGAAUCACAGUAGUAUUCAGCCUUGUUCUUAUGGCACAACACCACAUGUAUUGAAUCACAGUAGUAUUCAGCCUUGUUCUUAUGGCACAACACCACGUGUAUUGAAUCACAGCAGUAAUCAGCUUUGUUCUUAUGGCACAACACCACGUGUAUUGAAUCACAGUAAUAUUCAGCCUUGUUCUUAUGGCACAGCACCACAUGUAUUGAAUCACAGUAGUAUUCAGCCUUGUUCUUAUGGCACAACACCACGUGUACUGAAUCACAGUAGUAUUCAGCCUUGUCCGUAUGGCACAACAUCACUGUAUUGUAUCACAGUGGUAUUCAGCCUUGUUCUUAUGGCACAACACCACUGCAUUGAAUCACAGUUGUAUUCAGCCUUGUUCUUAUGGCACAACACCACGUGUACUGAAUCACAGUAG